AUGUCGGGGUCAAAUUCUACAGAGGCCAACGGACGGUCCAUGGAGUCGCGAGUUGGCAGAAGUAAACAACGCUACAACUCCAAAGGCUUCAGGCUCGUCGCCGGCGUCGUUCCCCUCUCGCCAGACCAGGAGUACGUCCUGCUGAUACAGUCGACCCGCCGCAAGGGCUGGGUGCUGCCCAAGGGCGGCUGGGAGAUUGACGAGUCGUGCCAGGAGGCGGCCGUCCGCGAGGCCUGGGAGGAGGCCGGCAUCACAAUCGAGGUCGAGUUUGAGCUUGGCACUAUCGAGGAGCUGCGGCCCCCCAAACUGUCCAAAGACCAAAGCCAGUACCACUUCUUCCAAGGCACUGUUGUCAGCCAGUACGAAGAGUGGCCCGAGAGCCACAAGCGCGAGCGCCAGUGGUUUACCUUUACUCAGGCCAUUGAGGCCCUCUCGACCCGGCCCGAGCUGCAGGAGGCCCUGAACCGCUCUGCGAUAAAGAGAACGUAG